AUGAUUGCGAUCCGGCAAUGGUUGCCGGAUUGGCUCAAGAUCUGGAUGAUCAUGACAAUCGGCGCAGUUAUCGUGCUUGUCACAGGUAAUAUUUCGCCUUCAGAAGCAUUGAAUGCGGUGGAUUGGGAUGUAAUUGCCUACCUGUUUGGUGUUUUCGCGAUCUCUCACGCGCUGUUUGCCUCCGGGAUAUCGGAAAAGGUCAGCAACUGGAUAUGUGCCGACUCACGUUCCAUUCCGCAGAUCCUGUUCUUCUUCAUCCUGUUCGUGACCGCCAUCUCGGCCGUCCUGACCAACGAUGCCGCCGCGGCGAUUGGAACACCAAUCGCCAUUGCCAUCGCAGCGAGCCUCGGCAUUUCGGCAGCACUGCCAUUGAUCGCCCUUUGUGUUUCCGUGACGGUCGGAAGCAUGUUUUCGCCUGUCGGCAACCCCCAGAACCUGCUGAUCGUCGCAGAUGGACACUUCACCAAUCCGGUUGGCGUCUUUCUGGAGUGGCUCGCCGUUCCGGCGCUGAUUUCACUCGUCUUCACGCUGUUGUGGUUCUGGUUCUGCUUCAAGAGAGCACCGAAGGGAGGAGCUCCGGAACAUGUCACUCCGGACGAACAAACAAUGCGCCGCUGGCCAGCGCUUCUUGCCACGGGUCUGUUGUGCGUACUUGUCCUGACGGACAGUAUCGCCCAUGACAGCGACUGGCUGCCGGAUCUGCCGCUCGGUGCACUGAGCCUGAUUGCGGCAAUCCCGCUGUUUGUAUUUUCAUCGCAACGGGUUCAACUGGUAAAGGAAGUUGACUGGCACACGCUGAUCUUCUUCGUUUCCAUGUUCAUCGUGACCGGCGCCGUGCUGAAAUCGGGUGCCUUGCAGGAAUGGCUCAGUCCCUGGCACGACCAGCUGGGCGAACCCAUCCUGGUUACAUCCAUUGCGUUUUUCGGCAGCCAGGUCUUCUCGAAUGUUCCACUGGUGGAAAUCUAUCUGAACCUGCUGCGGGACCACGACGUCCCGACCCUGAUGCUUUUGUCGGGUAUUUCCACCCUUGCCGGCAAUCUGUUCAUUUUGAGCGCGGCCAGCAACGUCAUCAUUGUUCAGCAGAGCGAAAAGCACGGCGUGACCCCGUUCCAGUUCUGGCAAUUCACGCGCUAUGUCUUGCCCGUGACAGUCGUCUCCCUGCUCGUCUGUUAUCUCUGGGUCGCAUUUCUGGUCUCCGUUUCCGAGUAA